GGCGGGGUCUGUCAAGAACGGCCCGGACACCGGCGCGCAGCGAGGGCUUCGUCACCAAUGUCAGUGCUGAACUCUGGCUGGCCCCACCGAGGGGAGAGCCUCAGCCCUCCGGAGCCAGGCCCGCCAGCCGACUCCACUGACGCAGGCCACUUGCCAGAGGAGGACGCUGAGGAAACUUUCGCGCAGGACCCUGAAGUUCUGAGCUUGGGGCUUCCUGGCUUGGACACCCAUUGGGCCCCCAACCGGCCUGGACUUCGGAUCCUCUUGCAUCAGCUGCCUCCGCAGGACAGCGAUGAGCGCUACUGCCUGGCCCUUGGGGAGGACGAGCUGGCUGAGCUGCGGCUCUUCUGUGCUCAGAGGAGGCGGGAGGCCCUGGGACAGGGGGUGGCCCUCCUGCUACCUCCCAAGCUGCCCGAACACACCUGUGAGAAGUGCAGGCAGCGGCUGAGGCCAGGCGAGUACGGAGUGUUCGCGGCCCGGGCAGGGGAGCGGCGCUGCUGGCACCGAGCUUGCUUUGCCUGCCAGGCCUGCGGCCAGGCCCUGAUAAACCUCAUCUACUUCUACCACGACGGGCGUCUCUACUGCGGCCGCCAUCACGCAGAGCUGCUGCGGCCGCGCUGCCCGGCUUGUGACCAGCUGAUCUUCUCCCGGCGCUGCACCGAGGCGGAGGGACGGCGCUGGCACGAGAACCACUUCUGCUGUCAGGACUGCGCCGGGCCCUUGGGCGGGGGACUUUAUGCCCUGCCGGGGGGCGGCCCCUGCUGCCCCAGCUGCUUUGAGAGUCGCUACUCGGAUUCCGGCUCGAGCCGGGCCCAGACACUGGAAGGGGAUGAGGGUCUUGACAGAGUUGAAGAAAGGGACCGCACCCCGCUGGAUGCCACUACGGUCUCCCAAGCAGCCCUUCCUGCCACUGACCCCCACUCCAGUCCGGAAGCCCAGAAGGACCUUUUUGGAGCCAGUCCAAAGCAGGAGCGUCAAACUGGGGACAAGGCGGAGGCACCCAAAGGGCGGGAGCAGGGUCACCCGGAGACGCCCCUCGAUUCCAAGGAGGAUGCCCCCUGCCCCACCUGCUCCUCUUCUUCUGACUCGGAACCCGAAGGCUUUUUCUUGGGCCAGCGCCUUCCAGGGCCCUGGAAGACCCCCGGAAGCCUCCAAGCUGGAGACAGCGACACCUCCAGGAAGCACUGCACUAUUUGCUAGCGGCGCAGCCCGGAACAGGGGGAGGGGGUGUGUGAUCUGUGAGAAUGAGGCUCUCCCACCCGUAUAAAAAUCCUAGACUGAACGCAGUCCAGGGCACGCCUGGGAGAGGCGGCGAGACCACAAACUUGGAGUGCCCCCUCUUAGGCCUGCGUAUUCUAUGACUUCUGAUGGAGACUUUCUUGGGGAACCCCCCUCCCAAAGCUAUGCAUCCCCUGCUGAGCUAAACCCUAUCCCCACCCCCAGAGGCUGAGACAUCCCCGUCCUUAUCCUCUUCCCGAGCCAAUGAAGUGAUCACUCAGAGACCACGUGUGGCGGUGACAAGGUUGGCGAGAUGAAGGCCAGGAGGGAGCCAGAGGCGGGACGC